UCUCUUUUUUUUCUCACUAACUGUGUAUGUUGUGUUGGUUUCAUCUUGAACAUGCGAACAAGCACCCAAGAGGCGGCAAUUACGAUGACUCGCCUACUCUUCAUUUUUCGUUCAUUGUUUGUUUCUAGUUGUUUCAAGCAUUCAUUUGUAGCCACCAUCAUGGACAUCAUAGAAAUAGUAGUUUUUGAUGAAGAUGGAUCAAAAAAAAAAUAGAUCUCAUUAGCUGAUCACAACCAUCUUACUGAUUAACUGACGAACCAACAUUUGAAAUCAAUUUUUUCCAUUUACUCAUUAUUCAACGGAAUUGAUCACGACAAAACGAAAAAAAAAAUCUUUUCCUAUUUCUUAUUGUUAUCAUAAGAGUAGAACGAGAUCUUAAUUGCUACUUAACUAUCAAACCAAGAAUUGGAAUCUGUUCCUAAUUUUAAUUGUGAUGUUAAUCACUCGACAUUGAAAACAAUCGACGAAUAACAAAUUAUCCAGUAAAAAAUGCUGAAUUCAUCAAAUAAUAGUCGUAUUGUAAAAACUACAACUACAACAGACACCAUUGCCAUUGAAACGACAACAAAAUCAUUAUUAGGCAAUAAUAUAAACACCUCAUCAUCAUCAUCAUCAUCACGAGCUAUACAACAAUACCAACAAUCACCGUUUGCUAUACAUCAAUUACUUGGUUUGUCCACUACGACCAAAACUAAUAAUCGAAAUGGAUCAAUAAUAACCAAGUCAAAACUUUGUAGUCCAACAAACACAUCGACAACAAUAUCGGAUACACAUACAGAUGAUGAUAUCGAUGCUGAAGAUGAAUAUGAUGAUGACGAUGAAGAUGAUAAUUCAAGAAUAUCGAAUACAAGUCAUGCAAGUAGCCAUAGUAAUCAUAGUAGUCAUAGCAAUAGUAGCAUAUCCGUUGGUUCACAUAGUACGGCUGUUUCAUCAUCAAAAUUGUUAGGAAUUUUUCCACCGACAACAUCAUCGAUAUCGAUACUACAAGCAACAAAUAAUAAUAGUUCCUCAUCAUUUAAUGUGAAUAAUUUGGUCAAUACGACCAAUGUUUCGGCUACGAAUUUUUCCUCCAUAUAUUUUCCAACCUCGCGCCAUCAUCAUUCAUCAUCAUUGUCAUCAACAGUUACGUCAACACAACCACCGCCAUCAUCAUCAGUGGCAAAUUCUACAACAAAUUGUUUUGGUAACAAUGAUGCUGCAGCUACGACUGCUGCUGCUGUUGCUGCCGUAUGUCAAUCGAUCAAUGAUCAUCCAAUAUCAUCGGCCACAAUUCAACGUGGAACAUCGAUUCCAUCAUAUUUUAAUUCAUCAACAGCCGCUGCUGCUGCAUUCAUGUCGGCUCAUGUUGGUCAUCAAUUUCAUCAACAUCAUCAUCAUCAUCAUCAGCAACAACAACAACAACAACAACAACAACCACAACAACAGCAACAUCAACAAACGAAUGCAAUUUCUAAUACUAAAAAUUCUUUUGCAGGAAUCGGUAACAACAGCAGUACAACUUCACUAUUCAAUCCAUUUGGUACAAAUGAAAUUGGAAAAUUUGGUGACAAAAAUUGUUCCACGGGAAAUUUUAUCAAUGAAUUUGCUACCCGUUUAGCAUCGAGUGCUAACCAACAUCAUCAUCAUCAUCAUCAUCAUCAUCAACAACAACAAAAUCAACAUUCAACAUUGGAUGUAGUAGUUUCUAAAUCAAAUGGUCAUCUUCAAUUACAAGCUGCAGCCGCAGCAGCAGCAGCAGCAGUGGCUAUUUCUAAUAGUGGUAGUGCUUCCGGUGUUGUUAAUGGUAAUGGUGGCAGUAGUAAUGGUAGCAAAAAAAAGAAGAAAAAACGCCGACAUCGCACUAUAUUCACUAGUUAUCAAUUGGAAGAAUUGGAAAAAGCAUUCAAAGAUGCACAUUAUCCUGAUGUAUAUGCUCGUGAAAUGUUAUCGUUAAAAACGGAUCUACCCGAAGAUCGUAUUCAGGUUUGGUUUCAAAAUCGGCGUGCCAAAUGGAGGAAAACUGAAAAAUGUUGGGGUAAAAGCACGAUUAUGGCCGAAUAUGGUCUAUAUGGUGCUAUGGUUCGUCAUUCACUUCCAUUGCCAGAAAGUAUAUUGAAAUCUAGCCGUGAUAGUGAGGAAAGUAAUUCAUGUGCACCAUGGCUUCUAGGAAUGCAUCGAAAAUCAUUGGAAGCGGCCGAUAAACUCAAAGAUUAUGGCCAUAUAACGGAUGACGACGACGAUGAUGAUGAUAAUGAUAUCGAUGGUAGAGGUGGAAAUAGUAAUCGUGAAUUUCUUCGUGAUGGUGGUAACAUUUCUUGUGGCGAUACAAGUAGGCCAAAUACACCUAGAUCAUCGCCACAUAAACUUAACAACAUUAGUGGACAAAUAUCAUCAUCUCGUUUGAAUUUUUGUGAUGGAAAAUCGCCACCAUCAUCACCAUCAUCAACAUCAUCAGUGAUUGAAGUCGUAGGCAAAAGUUCAUCGUCAUCGAUAAAGUGCAAUAAUAAACGUCAAAGAAAUUCUGAUACAAUAAUCAAAUCAACAAAACAACGUAGAGAGAAUCAUAAUCAUCGAUCACAGCAACACCAACAACAACAACAAAAUGAACAACAUCAUCGAAACAAAUGGAACGUAAAUUCAAUCGGCAAUCACCAUCAUAUUGUUGAAUCAUCAUCAUCACAACAACAACAACAACAAGUACCAACAUCGAGUCAAUUGAAUUUUAUCGAUUUAUAUGCUAAAUGUCGUGCAGAAUCAUUGGGCGGACAACAAACAAUUCGUACGGUUAAUGAAUCAAUGAUGAUUGGUUUGUCGAGUGGUCAUCAUCAUCACAAUCUUCAUAAUCAUUUCAAUUCUAUAGCAAGAACAAAUUCUCGUCAUCAAACAGAUACAAUCAAUAAUAAUAAUAAUAAUAAUAAUAAUUCUGUUUGUAACAAUUUAGGAGCUUCAAGUUUAAGUUGAUUGAUUUUAGUGUAUAAAAUUAUACAUUCUAAAUAUUGAAUGUCAACUGAAUUGAUAGAACCAGAAUACUUAUUUACAUUGAUCAAAAUAGUAAUCGCCAGGUAUACAUACAUAACAAUGAUGAAGAUAACAAAAAAAAAAAUAUUUGAUGUAAAUCGAAUGAAUUU